GUGAUUUCUGAAGCUAUGGCUGCCGCGGCCUCGUUAUUUUCCCGGCAAGCCCCUUCUUUCUCUUCUUCUACUCUUCCUUUGUUCCCCGCCAAUCCGAAAUCUCCCGCUUCCAACUUUUCAAUUGUUACCAAACCAUUGCGGCCGCCCUUCUCCCUGUUCUGCGCACCUCCGCCGUCCCCUUCUCACCCUUAUCCGGCAAUCUUCCUUCCAUUUCUCGAAGAAGAAGAAGCCGCCGCAGCAGCAGCAGCUGCCGCAGCGGAAUUAGACCAACCUGAUGAAGAUGCCGACGAGGAGGCCGAGGAAGAAGAAGAGAAAAAUCAGCUGGACCUCUCCGACCCAAUCGUUCGAUUCUUUAAGUCCCGCCCUCCCACCAAAGACCCACCUGUCCCCGGCCGAUUCACCCUUCAGAGCAACCGCCGCACCCAGUGGCGUCUCGCUCCGGACUUCGACUCCGACGACGAUGAAGACCCCGAAACCGCCUCCGCCGUGGGAGAAACGCAGCCGGUGGGCGGUACUAGUAAUUGCUCCGAUUCAAGUCUGCUUCCGGAGGGAAUCGUCGGAGAGAUACUGCGAAUUGCGAGGAAUUUGCCUGUGAACACGACGCUGGGGGAGCAAUUGGAUGGAUACCAGGACAAAAUCAGCGAGAAACAGGGCGAGGAGCUAUUGCAGCUACUGAGCGAAGAGGAAGGCAUGGUGAUGAGUUGCUUGUACUUCUUCGAGUGGAUGGGUUUGCAGGAGCCGUCACUCGUCACCCCUCGUGCUUACACCAUUCUCUUCCCUCUUUUAGGAAGAGCUGCCAUGGCUGACAGAUUGAUGAUCCUCUUCAAUAACUUGCCUCAAACCAAACCAUUCAGGGACGUCCAUGUUUACAAUUCUGCCAUUUCCGGGCUUCUCUGCUGCGGCAGGUAUGAUGAUGCUUGCAAGGUGUUUGAGAAAAUGGAGGAAAAUAACAUCCGACCUGAUCAUAUCACUUGCUCGAUAAUGAUCACAAUAAUGAGAAAAAGAGGGUGUAGUUCCAAGGAAGCAUGGGGCUUCUUUCAAAAAAUGAACAGGAAAGGAGUGAAAUGGAGUACAGAAGUUCUCGGCGCUCUAAUCAAAUCUUUCUGCGAUGAAGGUCUGAAGGAGGAAGCUCUCAUCAUACAAUCACAGAUGGAGAAGAAAGGGGUUCCUUCCAACGCAAUUGUGUACAACACGUUGAUGGACGCUUAUGCUAAAUCCAACCAAGUCGAAGAAGCUGAAGGCCUCUUAGCCGAGAUGAAAGCCAAAGGUGUUAAGCCGACUUCUGCCAGUUUCAACGUUCUAAUGGAUGCAUACAGCCGAAGAAUGCAGCCUGACAUUGUUGAAAACUUACUGCAAGAGAUGCAGGACGAGGGUUUAAAGCCCGAUGCUAAAUCGUUCACUUGCCUAAUUAGCGCAUACGGGAGGCAGAAGAAGAUGAGUGAUGUGGCUGCAGAUGCAUUUCUCAGAAUGAAGAAAUUCGGCAUUAAACCCACUUCACAUUCUUACACAGCUCUCAUCCAUGCAUAUUCAGUCAGCGGCUGGCACGAGAAAGCUUACACCGCGUUUGAGAACAUGCGGAGCGAAGGAGUGAAACCUGCUGUAGAGACUUACACGGCUUUGCUGGAUGCAUUUAGACGUGCUGGCGACACUGAAACCUUGAUGAAGAUCUGGAAACAAAUGAGGAGCGAGAAAGUGCAAGGGACGCGUGUCACAUUCAACAUUGUUCUCGACGGUUUUGCGAAACAGGGUUGUUAUCUGGAAGCGAGGGAUGCGAUUCAUGAGUUCGGGAAGCUGGGAUUCACACCAACAGUGAUGACCUACAACAUGCUGAUGAAUGCGUAUGCACGAGGCGGGCAGCACUCGAAGCUGCCACAACUGUUGAAGGAUAUGUCGGCUCUUAACUUGAAGCCUGAUUCAGUUACGUACUUGACUAUGAUAUAUGCGUAUGUUCGAGUGCGUGAUUUCAAGAGGGCUUUCUUCUACCACAAGCAAAUGGUGAAGAGUGGUCAGUUGCCUGCUGAUGACAAGUCGUAUCAGAAGCUUAGGAGGAUAUUGGAUGUGAAAGCUGCGAUAAAGAAUAGGAAGGAUCGAAGUGCUAUCCUUGGUAUAAUUAAUAGCACGGUUGGUUUGAAACCUAAGAAGAAAAGGAAGAAGGAUGAGUUUUGGAAGACCAAAAGAAAGCAUCCUCUUGAUCGAAAUCCACGGAUGGAUUGAACUUUGAACUUCCUGUGAUACUUUGAAAUUCUGUAGCAUUGUAUGAAGCUGUACGAAAAUGGACAACCCACAUUAUCCAAGUUGUUUUGAGCUUCAGAUAGAAACUGCCAUAAGGACGAACAAUUGGAGAAUGAACAUCAGUGAUUGAUACAACAUUACCACUACCAGUAGCGCGAUGUAACUACAGUUGCAAAAUGCCUUCAACCUGGUUUUGUUGUCCGAUCACUGGAAAUCUUUAAAAGAGCGUCGUUUGAUUCUGAAUAGCCUCACAUGCAUCAUCUUCUUCGGUGUAUCCCUUUCGAGCACUGUGUAAUCGUACCAUAAGGAGAAAUACACCCAGGUUACUACUACUUUAUUUUAUUAAUCUAUAACUAGCACCACAAAUAAUGCGGAUUUAAGAAUUAAUAACUAGCGUCAC